GGUCUGUGCGGCGCUGACAUGCGCAGUGCGCGGAUGCUGUUCGCUGGAUGUGUGUGUGUCCGUCCGCUGAUUUCAUCUCACACACGCGCUCCUCUCCUCCAUUCUGUAGGAUCUUCCUCCGGAGCGGCGGCGGGGUUUUACGAGCUGUAAUGCAUUCAGAGAACCCAGCUUUUGGACUCCAAAGGACGUCAACGCCAAUAAGACGCCAGUGAAACUUACAAAGCCAGAAACGCCACAAUCAUCUACUGUAGAUACAGAAUGAAAGAUCUGCCUUCUUGACGAGCCAUGAUGCAUAAAUAUCCACAGUGUAUUGAUGUACCUACAUAGACACAACCGCUUCUUCUGACCUGCCACCUUUGGAUGCCCAACUUUAAGAGCUCUACUUUAACUGGCAGACCCAACAUGCCCGGCGUCCAUCGGUUGUGACUGGAGUUUGGCGACAGCAUGCGUCCAUGGGCAGGCUCCUGGCGCUGGAUAGCGCUGGUCCUGCUGGCCUGGGGGACGUUGCUCUUUUAUAUCGGGGGACAUCUGGUGAGAGACAACGAAGAUGUGCCGCGCUCUAGCCGUGAGCUGGCGAAAAUCCUCACCAAGCUGGAGCGACUGAAACAGCAGAAUGAAGACCUGCGGCGCAUGGCUCAGUCACUACGGAUUCCGGAAGGACAGUCGGAUGGGCCAAUAUCAUCAGGAAGACUGCGGUCUCUUGAGGAACAGCUAAGCCGAGCCAAACAGAAGAUCCACAGCUUUCAGAGAUUAUCUGGAGACGUUGGUCCGGGUCGAGAACAGGAGGAACUGCGGAGGAAGGUAGAGAACGGAGUGAAAGAGCUGUGGUAUUUUAUUCACAGCGAGAUACAGAAGCUGAGUCACGUCGAGCCGUCAGACAGACAGAAACACACUGAGACGCUGCUGCAGGACCUCGGUCAUCAACAGAGAACCAUCAUGACGGACCUGCAGGAUCUCAGUCAGGCGGACGGAGCAGGAGACUGGAGAGAGAAGGAGGCCAGACAUCUUUCCAGCCUGGUGCAGAACAGGAUCUCCUUCCUGCAGAACCCGCAGGACUGCAGUAAAGCUCGGAAGCUGGUGUGUAACAUCAAUAAGGGCUGUGGAUACGGCUGUCAGCUCCAUCACGUGGUUUACUGCUUCAUGAUCGCUUACGGCACGCAGAGAGUCCUGAUCCUCGAGUCCCACAACUGGCGUUAUGCUCCUAAAGGUUGGGAGACAGUCUUCCGGCCCGUCAGCGACACCUGCACGGAUCGAUCCGGAACCACGACCGGACACUGGUCAGCCGAGGAUCUGUUGAGGGUGUUUGUGAAAGGACUGCGGGUAAGUGACCUGUUUAAUCUGACGUGUCCAGACUUCUGCCCCGAGACCAGAGCCAGUCAUUCCAGCACCAGGGAGAGCCGCGUCCAUGUCAGACGGACAGAUAAAGUUGGGACGGAGGCCGCAUUUCACCCCAUAGAGGAGUACAUGGUCCAUGUGGAGGAACAAUUCCAGUACAUGGCUCAACGCGGCCACGUGGAUAAAAAACGAGUGUAUUUGGCCACCGACGACCCCUCGCUGUUACAGGAGGCAAAAGUCAAGUACACAGACUAUGAGUUCAUCAGUGAUAACUCCAUCUCUUGGUCAGCGAGUUUACAUAACCGAUACACUGAGAAUUCACUCAGAGGCGUCAUCCUGGACAUCCACUUCCUGUCCCAGACUGACUUCCUGGUUUGCACCUUCUCCUCACAGGUGUGUCGUGUGGCAUAUGAGAUCAUGCAGACUCUUCAUCCGGAUGCCUCUGCUUUUUUCCGCUCUUUGGACGACAUCUACUACUUCGGUGGACAGAACGCGCACAACCAAAUCGCCAUCUACCCACACCAGGCGCGCACGGCGGAGGACAUCCCACUGGAGCCCGGAGACGUCAUUGGAGUGGCCGGAAACCACUGGGACGGCUACUCUAAAGGGGUCAACCGCAAACUAGGACGCACCGGCCUCUAUCCGUCCUAUAAAGUCAAGGAGAAGAUCGAGACGGUGAAGUAUCCCACUUACCCCGAAGCAGACAAGCUGCUGAGCUUAUAGAACAACGCAUUAAUAAUUAAUGCAUGGACGGCUGAACUUGCCAUGCACUGGAUAACAGACACUCAAAGACAUGUAUGCGUGUGUGUAUUUAUAGGAUGGACGCACCUUUUAGGUUUGCAAAAGGAUCUCAUAAACUGCUGUGGACAUCAAGAGCCUUUUAAAUCGCACUCAGAUCAGCAGAAGCAAAUGAUAAAAACAUUUUUUUAAAUUGUUUUCAUGUUUUUUUUGUUAUAUUCUCCUGCCUUUUUUGUCACUUUCUCUGUCCUCAAACUGGAGUGAAUCUCACAGAGGUCACAUUUCACCCACAAAAUCAACAGAAAAAGUAAGAAAUUAUAUUUUGCAUUAGGAAAACGAAGCCUAUUUGA